AUUAAGCUACUAUUAGGGAAGAUGCCUUUUAAGUUAAUUAACUACUAUAUAUGUUUAACCACUUGACAAUGGCUAGCUUGUUUUUGGUCCUCAUGGUUGUAUUUUGUGGUCAAAUUUGAAUAAAGAGAUGCAGUGAUGCAGUGAACCUGCAGAAUGAUCAAUUUAGGGAUGUGGCUACCAAAGUCGUUAAGGAUGUGGCAGCCAUGGCCCCAGGUCACACUGGCUAUGCAGAAGGACGAAGCAAAGCAUAUGGUUUAUCAUUUUAUGGCAUGGCUAUCUGCUGGAAUACUUUGGACGAAGAAUCAUGUUCUGAUUGCCUAUCAAAUGCAAGCAGAGCUGUUCUUGAAUGUUUGCCAUCCAUUGAGGCGCGCUCCCUUAGCGUUGGCUGCUAUUUACGUUAUUCACAGUAUGAAUCUAAGGAUGGUUCAAAUUUCGUUCUUAAUACUAAAGGAGGUCUUGUCAUGUACCUUGUAUUUAUUCUUGUUGCUGUUGGUGUAUGCAUAGCUGCUGUUCUGGUUGGAUAUAUUGUGGGCACAACUCUCCAUGAAAAACGAGUGAAACGCCAGAAGAAAAAUAAUGUCCAUUCAUCGGAUCUUGAGUCAUCUGCUAUAAAAAGGAGCCUGCAUUUCAACUAUUCAACAUUAGAGAAAUCCACGGACAAUUUCAGUGAAGAACUCAAGAUUGGCCAAGGUGGAUUUGGUGAAGUCUUUAAAGGAACUUUGCCAGAUGGUAGAGAAAUUGCUAUCAAACGAAUGUUUUUAACUACCAAAAUUCGGAAUGAAGAGGUAUCGAAUGAGAUAGACAUUAUUGGACUAGCCCAACACCAGAAUUUGGUCCGUUUACUUGGUUGCUGUUUCAAUGAUGAUGACAGCUUUCUUGUCUAUGAGUAUUUGGAAAAUAAAAGCCUUGAUCUUAUCUUAUUCGAUCCAAAGAAGAAGAAAGACUUGGAUUGGAAGAAAAGGCUCAGGAUAAUCGAAGGGACAGCUGAAGGUUUAGAAUGCCUUCAUAAUGAUUGCCAAGUUCGAAUCAUUCACAGAGACAUUAAACCUAGUAACAUCUUACUAGACGCGAAAUACCGUCCCAAAAUUGCAGAUUUUGGUCUUGCCAGGUUUAAUAUCAGGGAAAAAGUAGCUGCACCUCUUGUCAUUGCAGGCACAUUCGGAUACAUGGCUCCAGAGUACCUUGCUCAAGGACAAUUAACAGACAAAGUGGAUGUUUAUAGCUUUGGAGUCCUUAUCCUAGAGAUAGUAAGUGGCCGGGAGAUUAACAAAAUUUCGGCCGAUGACACUCUAGACACCCUUGUAACUAUUGCCUGGAAAUAUUUCAAGGAGAAAAGGGCAUCUCGGAUAAUAGAUCCGAGCAUGGAGAUACAAGAUGUGGAUGAAGUACUAAGGGUGGUUCAAAUUGCCCUACUAUGUACUCAAGAGUCACCUAUUAUGCGUCCAGAUAUGACGACAGUUAUUAAACUACUUACACAAGAAAAACUAGAAGUGCCAGUUCCAUCAAAGCCUCCUUUCAUCGUGGAUUCAUUUCAUGGUUCUAAACGAAAUGACUCUAUUCAUCGGCAUCAUCCUUGUACAUCAUCAGUUGAUUCUUGCAGAUAUUAUGAUACACAUCAAGAUAAUGGCUCUUUUCAUCGGCAUCAUCCUUCUUCAUCGAUUGAUUCUUAUUAUGACACGGAAAGUGUUUUAGGAUGACAAUCGUGCUCUCUUGUUUGAAACUUAUGGCCUCUGCAAAGACAGAGCUAGCCUUUCGAUUUCAUGAGGAGAAUGAAGAAUUCUUCAGAGCUCGGAUCAGUCGAUUUUGGAGCUUAUUAUGAAGCUAUCCGCCUGUAAAAUGAGUGUAUCCCUUUUCCCAGCUGUGCGCAAGUGCAGUGCUCUGCUCUUCUGACCAAGAAUGGAUAAUCCCGGAAUUCUGCAAAGGGUGCUGAAAAGACCAGAUAACUAAAUAAUUAAGUUAUGUACACUGACUGUAUAAAGUUUUUAUAUCACUAUAUAGCAAUGGUAGUUACCAGUUUUACAAGAUCAUCGAUUAAUGUUUAUAAUAGAAACUUAACCCAUAAUACAAAUACCUCAACAUGUAAACAUUUUUUA